AUGUUGAAUCAAAUCGGAGUCGUAAUCUUGCUCCUUGUCGGAGCCCAAGCUGCGUUGCGACAUCAUGCGCUGCCCACCACCAGCGGCGCCAAUUCACGCAUCAUUGGAGGUGAGGUGAUCGCCAAGGGCGCUGCUCCCUAUCAAGUGUCCAUGCAGAACAUCUACGGCAACCACAUGUGCGGCGGAGUCAUAAUACACGAUCAGUAUGUGCUGACAGCGGCGAGCUGCGUGGCUGGACUGCGGAAAGCCAACAUUAAAGUGGUAAUGAGCACCAACGAGUGGGCUGGUGAAGCAUACCAAUAUAUGGUCGAUGACAUAAUCCCUCACUGCAACUUUGACAAGCCACUUUAUCACAAUGACAUUGCCCUGAUCAAGUUAAGCACGCUUGUGGCGUACGAUGAUGUCACACAGAACAUAACCAUAGCCAGUCUAGACGAUCUGCAGGAUGGUGAGAAGCUGAAGCUGACGGGCUGGGGCAACGAAGAUGUAAACGGUAACGCCGCGUGGGAGCUAAAGUCCAUCGACCUCACCUAUGUUGCGCCCGAGAAGUGUCGUAAUACAUACCAAAAUAGCGAGGACCUAGACAUUGGUCAUUUGUGUGCGGUGGGCAGUGUGGGUGCGGGUGCCUGUUAUGGAGACACAGGCGGUCCCUUAGUGGACUCGCAAGGCCGACUGGUUGGCAUUGCCAACUGGGGCGUGCCUUGUGGCUACGGAUUCCCCGAUGUUUUCGCACGCAUCAGCUACUACCACGACUGGAUAAUAUCCACGAUCAAUGGCUGUUCUAUUUACUGAUUAUCAAAUGGCCUUAGUUCAGCAACAGAAACUCGAAGAUGCUGAAACUGAUGCAUAGGAAGAAUACUAUAUAGUCAAUGCAACAAAACGGUUUAUAAGGUUUAUGAAACGACUGCAAAGCAGUUUCAAAAGGGAAACGAUAAAAAUCGGUAACAAUAGGAAAUCACACACAUUUUUCCUUAAACUAUUUUCCAGUUAAUUGAAUUUUAUUACAAAUAUAUAAUAAGAUCACA